CUUAAUACUUUACCUUUACUUCUAACACUCUAACACUACAAAGUACUAAACCUAGGUUAGCGUAGUUAAGCCUAACGUCGUAACAUUGAAAGCUCCAAGCAUUCAAUACAUUUCACACUCUGUCUACAUCGAGUAGUUGUUGACCAAUAUUCUUUUUACCUUUCCCUACUUAGUAUACCAGGAAAUAUUGCACCUUCAUAUUGAGAAUAUUGUCCUGUCUAGCCUUGAUGGCAUCUGUUUUGUUUAACAGCAUCCCAUCGUUCCAGAGGAGAGAAAUAUCAUACCAUCUCGGUAGCUGGACGUAUACCUUGAACCGCCUCGUCUCCUUGCCAAAUUGUGGAGGUACUAUGUUCUUGUAACAAGUUUCAUAUCUAUGCCUAUCACUUCAUCUGUCUAUUAUAUUAUGCUUCUCUUGCGUUAUACUCUUAGCACUUAAAUUCCAUUCUAAGCUCGACUUUGAAUCUCUAAAACUCUUACUCUAUAUCAUAGAGCUACCUGAACUAACAUACACCUCCCCGUGUAGCACCUGGCAUCUCCCCGCGUCCUCAUGGCAUCCACGUCUCCUUCUAAGGGCUCCGAGCCUACGCCUGGGUCGCCCACGACUUCUAACACCUCGCCUAACCCCCAAACUCCAGACUCCAACAAACCCGAAGCUCCACUCCACAGCGCAAGCACAGCAGGUAAUGGUGCCGCCCCGCAGGUAACCAUCAUACAGGAAACGCCCCCAGAGAAACAGCAAAAAGAGACACCCGAUACGUUCGAGUCGGAGGCUGUCGACGAUGUAGUUGAAGCACCAAGAGCGUCGGUGGACAUGGAUGAGAUACCCAUCGAGUUGGUUAGCAAAACGGACAACUUCAUCGACUCGCUUUCAGCCAAGGUCCAUCCGACACCCCCUAAUAUCGACAAUCUUUCUACCCUAUUCCAAGAUUUCUACCAUGUAGCUGCCUCCCAUAUCCGGACGCAUAUAGACAGUCUUGCUACCCGACAGACACGGGAGUCCUUACCAGCUUCCUCGAGUUAUUCAAGAGCCUCGGCAGCUAGCCUACUGAGAUCCAAGGCGGCUUCUUUUAGUGGCAAGGACAAGGCAAAAGGAACACCAACUAAGGAGGAACAGCAAAUGCUCACAGCGCAGGAAUUUGCCGAAAGAAAGCGGGCUAGAAAAGCACUGGAGCAAAAGAGAGUACUGCUCGAGGAAGCUAUUGAGAGGCGGCUUUGCGAAGGCAUUUAUAAUCGCAUAUAUCGUCAUAGGACUACUCAAGACGAAGCACAAGAUGAUAGACUUCGAUCGAAAACGGCUGCCCUAUCUCUUGUGGGUAUUGGGCCCGGAGACUUGGGGGUAGACCUCGGAGUUCCUUCAGAGGAUACUCCCGAGUCUCUGGAGGCGAAGCAGGCAGAGAUUUGCCAGUAUCUGGAACAAGCCCGGAAAGAGCUUAUCCUGAUGAAUGAGAAGCGGUAUCCACUAGGCAAACUCCAUCAUCUCAAGGCCGCUCACAAGAGCAUUGUUGACACGUUAUCCCAUUUUCACCCUUCCUCGUCAGCUGACGAAAUCAUGCCGAUGCUCAUAUACACAUUGAUAACUAUGCCGCCCGAGAAGCUCAAUGUGAUAAGCGACUUGAAUUUUAUACAGAGAUUUCGAUGGGAAGAAAAGCUGGAAGGAGAGGCCGCAUAUUGUUUGACGAACCUCGAAGCAGCAAUUACCUUCCUACAAACGGUAGAUCUUGCCAGUCUCAGGGCGGAUGAAGCAAUAUCAGGGCCCGUGAAAUCUGAGAGCCGGCCGGAAGCAGUGAGAUCAGAAACCUUUCCACCUGCAUAUACCGCAGGCUUAUCUGCGGAGGCCUUGAAUCCUACCGCCAUGGAGACUGAAACUACUCAGAGCACCAAGCAUUUGUCAUCAUCCGCGAGCUUACGAGCUGCUGUUCAGCACCGCAGGCUCAGCGAUCUUAUUCAAACCCCGGCCCUAGCUCUUGGGAAUGCAAGUGACUCGUUGUUUAAUACUGCUGACCAAAGUUUUAAAACGAUUGGAACUAGUUUAGGUGAUAGUUACAAGUUCUUGCUCGGUAAACUUCGAGAUAGUUCUGCCAGUGGGCGAGAACUUGUAGUCCCGCGGACACUGGACGAAGCCCGAAAACUGAUAGGCACACCACCGCUGGAGGAUGAUGCCUCUGCUGACGGCAGUAGCUCGGCUCCAAAAACUGAAGAUACCGAACGGACUCCAGUAGGAAAGGAUGACAGAAUACUAUCCCUAGUAGGUGGUAUGAAGGCAUCCAGAGACCGAAGUGUAGACAGCACACAAAGUGCGAGGAGCGCAAGUAGUUUGAAAAGAAUAGCCGAAGAGAAUAAGGAUAGGUCAGCUAACACAGCCACGCCCCCGUUGCCUACAUCUUCCAAUCCGGCCUUGGUUGAGUCGAUGCGGAAUCUUGGUAAUUCCUUGAACCCUAUGAAUCGCUUCUCCGGGAUGAGCAUGAUGCGUGGCUUUGGGCGUACGGCCACUCUUCCGACCCCGCCGCCGGCAAAGGAUGCUGUACCUAAGGCGGCAGAUGGCGGAGACUUGGCUACGGCAUUUCCAGAUAUUGCAGCGGCGUUGCCACCAAAAGACACCCCUAAGAUUGACCCACCCAAAAAGAAAUUCAUGGAGCUUCAGAACCCCACAGAUCUAAGGAUCGGUGACGUCUUGGAGCUGCUACGCGACUAUCGCCGCCUUGCAGGAGCUCUCAAGGACAUGGACGCUUUCAAGGAAUGAGCUCCUACUUAGAUUCAUAUUUUUUCAUUUUGCUAUUUGUUGUGGGCUAUCACUAGAAGAUUUGCAUAACUCCCUCGGCUCAUGGGAUGUAUUAGCGGCGUAUCUUGCAUGGCUUGGAGUUUAUAGCAAGACUCGGUAACCGGCGCGAGAGCUGUCCAGAUAGAAGAAACGCAGAGUCUGUGAAUUUAGGGGGGGGCAUGAAAGAGGCAGUAAAUGAUUUGUUUUCUUUUUCUUUUUUAAAAAAACAUAGAAAACAACCCCUUUAAAUUCAUUAGCAUGGCCUUAAACUGGGAUAGAUAGAUAGGUGUCUGAAACUACCUACCUAAGCAGACACAUCAUUUUAUUUUUAUAGAUCAAAAUAGGGUGGAGGAGGAGAAUAUUAUAUGGACAAAGACAUCGGAUUUGUUAAGAGCCAAAUUCUUCUUGGAAACAAGACAUAUAGGUACCUAGUCUAAGUAGGUAGGUUAGUUACUAGGUAGGUAGAUAGCUAUGUAGCAAACAAACAAGCAAGCAAGCAGAGCAAGUAUG